AGGGCGGAGGCUGCAGCGAUCAUGGCCGAGGACGAAGAAGAAAACUCGCAAGCCCGGCAACGUUUGCAGGAAUUGGUCGACCACCUCUAUCAUUUCCGAGAUCACUAUUUCGAGAAUCACAGUGUGGAAGAUGCUGGGAAAAAGCAACAGGAUGUUCAGGAAGAGAUGGAGAAGACUCUUCAAAAAAUGGAAGCCAUUGAUGGUUUAUCAGAAGGGAGAUCUUACAUUUUGAUGCUUAAGGGGAAAGCUUUGAAUGUAUCAGCAGACUACAAUGCCCAGUCUGAAGAAUUGCUUUCCAAAGCUGUCAAGCUGGACCCGGAAUUGGUGGAGGCGUGGAAUCAAUUAGGCGAGGUUUACUGGAAAAAGGGUGAUGUCUCUGCAGCACAUACUUGCUUCUCCGGAGCACUCGGACACCGUAAGAACAAAGUCUCCUUGCAGAACCUCUCCAUGGUGUUACGGCAGCUGCGCUCAGCUUCUCCCGAUGAACAUGCACAAAAUGUGAUGGACAGUGUGCGGCAAGCCAAGCUGGCUGUGCAGAUGGACAUGCGCGAUGGACGCUCUUGGUAUGUGCUGGGCAAUGCCUACCUCUCCUUGUUCUUCAAUACGGGACAGAACCCCAAGAUCUCCCAGCAAGCACUGGGUGCCUAUGCACAAGCAGAAAAGGUGGACCCCACUGCUUCUUGUAAUCCAGAUUUGCAUCUCAAUCGAGCCACGCUUUCUAAGUAUGAAGAAAACUACAUGGAAGCUUUGGAGGGGUUUUCACGGGCCGUAACGCUUGACCCGACUUGGCUUGAACCUCAACAACGGGAGCAGCAACUCAUGGAUUUCCUUGAGAGACUAACUGGACUCCUUGAAAACAAGGGCAAGGUGAAAGGCAAGAAGCUGCAAAGCAUGUUGGGAAGCUUGCGUCCCUCCCACCUGGGCCCUUGUGGUGAUGGACAUUAUCAAGGGCCUUCAGGUCAGAAGGUAGAACUACAGAGACGAUCCCUCAGUGCCUUGCAACCUGGUGUUAACACGGGUACAGUGAUCUUGGGGAAAGUGUUGUUCAGCCUGACUACUGAGGAAAAAGUGCCUUUCACCUUUGGAUUGGUGGACUCUCUUGAAGGCCCCUGUUUUGCUGUUACUGUUUACAACAUGGUUCAAAGCUGGGGGGUCCUAAUUGGGGACUCGGUGGCCAUCCCUGAACCUCAUCUUCGGCACCAUCACAUCCAACACCGGAACAAAAGUUUUACUUUUUCUGGUCUCCGGGUAGAGUCUCCCCUGCUUCUCGUCGUGAACGGCAAAGUUCAAGGAUCCCAAAACCAGGCCGCUUCGACCGUUGCCUAUCAGGCACAAAGUGAAUGAGAAAAGACAAAAUCUUCCAGGGAUGAUUGCAUUUUUUAAGCUACAUCAGCCCCCUCUCCUCGUAUCUUUUUCAGUAGUUUAGAGAGAUUGGACUGAUUCGUAGAAAUACCAUCCAGCCCUUAAGUGAAGGAGCGAGACAAAAAAGAGAAUUGCAAAUGCUUAAUUCUUGUGCUUAAUUCUUGUCUGUUUUGGUUCCACCCCACUCUCAAAUUUAUUUUCCAUAGACACCAGUUUUACUUUCAGUAGUACUAAAAUGAGUGUCUACAGAAAAUCUGGGGGCUGCUCAUUUUUCUUCCCCAUCUCUUAAUUUUCUUCCCCCUUUUCUGACGUCUUCCUUCAUCUUUGCUUUGAUCACAUUUAAGGUUGGGACGUCGGUCAGUUUAGAUCAGCGGUUCUCAACCUGUGGGUCGUGACCUCUUUGGGGGUUGAAUGACCCUUUCACAGGGGUCGCCUAAGAGUCGAGUGUGGCUCUUCCACAACCCGUGUGUUAAUGAAGCCAGUGGGACUUAGGUUAGCAUGACUGUCCUAAAUCCCACCGUCUUAUGAAGUCAGUAUGAUCACCUCUACAUCCAACUGGUUAUUUCUGUGUAAAUAGAAGAGAUGCUUUCUGUAUUUAUUUUAUAUUAUUUUGAGAUGGGUUUUUUUUUUGUAAUUUUUAUAUAUUUUUCCUGCCAGAUUCCUGAUUUUUUCCCCCUUCCAAUCCAAUAAAAUGAGUUCAUAA